AUGGCAGAUCGUAUAGUUGUACCAGUUGAUCCGCUUUCCAACAAACCAGUGGAGCUGUGGCGCAAAUAUCUGAAGCAAGGCCGCAUUUCGGAACCGAUCAAAACACUAAGGUAG